AUGUCACCACCCAAACCCCUGUCCCAGAUCUCCGCCACGCGCCCCUGGGACCCUUGGAACUCGUCCGCAACUGGCCACCAGCGAGCAGAGACGCAACCGGGCACGGGGUGGCGACACUCGCGGGCCAGGAAGCUCAACAGCCAGUUCCGGGCCGGCGACGGCUCGGGCGGCCAGCGCUUGAGCGACACAUGGGGCGCCGGAGCAGAGCAUCCCGGUGUCGAUGGAAAGAAUACGAGCACGAGUGGCAGUGGCCAGGGGGAUAGUAAUCAGACGAGCGUCGUGGACAUGCUGACUCGCCCGGGGCUGAUGCGUGAGACGCUGGGUUCACGCCGGCCAAACGGACCCGAAGCGCGGGACAAAUCGGUGCCGGGGAUCCAUACCACGGCAGAAGAUGCCUUGAUGCACCAGAGACGGCUGGAGGACGAGGAAAAGCAAAAGAAGACCCAAGCCAACCCGCGCAAGCUCUUCGACGGGGUCACGGUCUACGUCAACGGCAGCACGUUUCCCCUGGUGUCCGACCACCGCCUCAAGCAGCUCAUCAGUGAAAACGGCGGCAACAUGUCUCUGAACCUGGGCCGGCGAAAGGUCACGCAUGUUAUCCUUGGGCGGCCCAACGGCUCGACAGAGGGCAAAGGCACCGGGGGUGGCCUCGCCGCGGGCAAGCUGGAAAAGGAAAUCCGCAAGAUUGGUGGCUGUGGCGUCAAGUUUGUCAGUGUGGAAUGGGUGCUACAAAGUCUCCAGGAGGGGAAGAGGCUACCCGAAGCGCGCUUCUCCAAUCUCAAGAUGGCCGCAAAGGCACAAAACAGCGUCUAUGAUACCGCUUCUUGA